CUCCCCGCGCCCCGCCCCCCCGGGCAGUGCCGUGCGGAGCUCCGCGGGCCGCGGGGGGGUCCGGGCGGGGCUCUGCGGGCAAAGUCCUCCGCCAUGAGCGCGGCGCGCGGCGGCCUCUGGGCCCUCCCCGUGCUGCCAGGGGAGGUGGUUCUGGAAGCGGCGCGGGGAGUGCGGCACCGCGGGGGGGGCGGCUCCGUGCGGGGCACUCUGCUCUGCACCAACGUCCGCGUGGCGUUCGUGCCUGGAGCGCAGCCCCCCAGCUUCAGCCCCUUCCUGCAGAGUGACUACAGCGUGGCACUGCGCUGCAUCCGCACACUGGUGGCAGCCAGCAGCUUCACCAAACCCACGGUGCUGACAGCCGCCUCCACCCUCACCUUCAUCCCCGAGGAGCUGGCGCUGUUCUGCCGGGAUUUCCGUCUGCUGCGCUUCCACUUCCCGGAGAACGGGCUGGGGCUGCAGGCAUUCCAGGUGGCCAACGCCAUCGCCCAAGCGCGGGAGACAGCCACGUGGCCGGGGGACAGCGGGAGCCACAUGGAUGCCACGCUGGGGGAUGAUGAGGAUGAGGAGGAAGGCUCCCCCCCCACGCUGCUCUUCGAGAGCCCCCAGGACUGGGAGCGGGAGCUGCAGCGCCUAGGGGCAGUGGGCUGGAGGGUGAGCGCCGUCAAUGAGCGCUUUGAUAUGGCCCCCAGCCUGCCCCGCUACCUGUGGGUGCCCAGUGCGCUGCUGGACCACGACCUCAAGCGGACAUUCGCCCACUUCCAGGAGCGUCGCGUGGCUCGGCUGUGCUGGCACCACCCGAAUGGCAGCGACCUCCUGAGAGCCGCCGGCUUCCACGCAGCCUCGGAGCCAGGCAGUGAGGACAUCAGGUGCCUGGAGGUGCUGCUGGGUGCUGGGUCCAGGCUGUGUGUGCUGGCCGACACCGCCGAGCUGCCCAGCCCCCCCGACAUCCAGCUGGCACACCUCAGGCUGCGGGCGCUGUGCCUGCCCGGUGAGAGGGGUGCAGCAGCUGAUGAGAAGUGGCUGUCAGCGCUGGAAGGGACGCGGUGGCUGGAGCACGUCCGUGCCUGUUUGAGGAAAGCUGUGGAAGUGGCAUCGCUGCUGGCGGGGAAACGAUGCUCUGUCGUCCUGCAGGAGCCAUCGGACCGCGACCUGAGCUGCCUGCUGGCCUCGCUGGUGCAGCUGCUGGCGGACCCCCACGCGCGCACCCUGCGCGGCUUCCAGAGCCUGGUGCAGCGCGAGUGGGUGGCAGCGGGGCACCCCUUCCCCCAGCGCCUCGGCCUGCGCCGGGACAGCCCCCGCGAGGAGUCCCCCGUCUUCCUGCUGUUCCUGGACUGCACCUGGCAGUUGCUGCGGCAGUUCCCGGCGGCGUUUGGCUUCACCGAGGCGUACCUGCUGGCCCUGCACGACAGCACCUUCCUGCCCUACUGCAGCACCUUCCUCUUCAGCUGCCAGUGGCAGCGGGGCCGUGGUGGGGCGCAGCAGCCUCGUACCCAGACCUACACCCCAGUGAGCAGCCUCUGGGACCCCCCCCCAGGCAGUGCCGCAUGCCGCCUCCCCCCGGUCUGGGCCUGGGGGCUGCGCUACAGCCGGCAGCAGCGGGCGCGAUUCCGGAACCCGGCAUGGGACCCCGGCCCUGUGAGGACCCCUGAUGCAGUGGACCCCCAAAACACGGGCACGCCUGCCAGUGCCUGGUCAGGGUCGAGCUCUGGGGCGGUGCUGGCUCUGUCCAAGGGCUCGCUGACCCCACAGCCCUUCCCGUGGCGGAGCGGCCGUCCCCCCCCUCGCCUGCUGCGCUGGGCCCCCUCUCUGGAGACCCUCAGCGAUCGAGUGGGUGACCCUAUCCCCACACCUCCCCGGGGGCUGCUGCUGCCCUGCGCCGCGGGACCCUCCGUGCGGCUCUGGCGACGCUGCUACCUGCGGGGUCUGCCCGAAGUACAGCACGGCCGCCUGGCCCCAUGCCCGGCCCUACUGGUGGAGGAGCUGGCGCUGCUGCAGGACCGGCUCCUUGCAUGGCAGCAGGACACAGCCCAUACCGAGCCUGCCAGCAGCCCCCUGGCACCCUCACGGCAACGGCGUGUGGCUGCGACUGGAAGAGUGUGCUGGGGGCCCCGACACCCGGGGCCGUGGCGGUUUGUCGAGGCGCGGGGGAUAUCGCGACAGAAAAGGAGAGGUGCGGGGCAAGCCGCUCCCUCCCUCACUCAACAUGGCGGCCGCCCUCAGCCGCCAACGCCACUUCCGGCUCGCGGCCGUGGUGACGUCAGAGCGUGAGGCUCCUGCGCUGCGUCCCUUUA